AUGAUGGAGUAUCUAGCCGGCAGAAAAGUGGAGGUAGUGGUCGUGGGAUCGGUCGCAAUGCUGGCCUGGGUUGCCCUGAGCUACUACUGGUGGUGGCGAUCAUCGGAAGCGGCUCGCGUCAAGAACUUCGUAAGAUCUCACUCCAGCAGCGACGGCAGCCUGCCGUCACCGAUGCCCGCGCUCCCACGGUGGUGCGGCUUUAUCGGAGGCCACACGCUGGUCAUGCAGCCAGGAGAGACCGUGUGGCAGCUGGAGGGGUGGGCGAAGGAGUUCGGAGGCGACUACGAGUUGUACCUGGCGGGCAACAAGGUCACCGUCGUCUCGGGCCUCUCCGACAUCAGGCGGAUCUUGACCCUCCGCCCCUCGAAGUUCAAGAGGGGUAUCGUGACGAACCAGACCAAGUGGGCCUCUGAACAGGUCGGGGUGCAGAGCAGCCUGUUCUUCGAGGAGGGGAAGACGUGGGGCCGCUCCCGGCGGCUGAUCUCGCCCAACCUCAACGGGCACAACGUCGCGGCCAUGCUGCCCAUCAUCGCCAAGGUCGGCGAGCGCUUCUGCGGCAAGCUGGGGGACAAGGCCGACGCGAGGGAGGUGGUGACCUCCAGGGACAGCUUCGCCCGCUUCACGCACGACAUCGUCGCGCUGGCCGCCUUCGGCGUGGACGUGGGCGCCAUAACCGCCACUGAGGAGGAGCCCUGCCCUUCCUUCGACGCGAUCGAGCGCAUCACGUCGGCCUUGAUCAGUCUCAUGGGAAAGCCCGCGGAAAUACUGAAGUGGAAGUACCUCCCCAUGGUGCCGUGGGUACGCGAAACGAAGCAGCAUUCCCGCCGCCUCGAGAACGUUAUUCAGGGCGCCGUCAAUGCAGUGCGAGCGGACGCUAAACUAGCCGACGCAAACCUAGGCGACUCGGCUGCCGAGGGCGAUGUCGGCAUCGGCGGAACUAUGCUUCGCAAAAUCAUCGGGGCAACUAACGGCUCCGCGAACAGCAGCGACCGCAUGCUGUUCAACGAACGAGAGCUCAUGCACCAGGCAAACGGGCUGUUCGUGGCUGCGACCGAGACGACAGCGCUUACCCUGUGCUGGUGCAUGUACUAUCUCACCAAGAACCCGAAGGCGGCUCUGCGUUGCCGCGCCGAGGCUCUCAAAGUGGCGCCGGAGAGCGAUGGGAUGGUGUCCACGGCAGAGCAGCUGAAGAGGCUCCGGUUCUGCGCCGCGGUGUUCAAGGAAGCGCUUCGGCUUAGGACGCCGGCACCCCGCUUGUCCUUCACCUGCACGGAGGACUUCACGAUGAAGAGCGGACGGGUGUUGAAGAAGGGGACCGCGGUCCUGACGCUCAACCGGGCGGUUGGAAUCUCGGAAGACUUUUUCACGAGGGGGGACGAGUUCGUGCCAGAAAGGUGGAUCAGCUCCGAGCGUGAGAAAGCGCUGUCAGAAAAGCAGAGCACGUGGAUCGGGAAAGGCGGCAUCUCCCACGAGGAGGAGGCGUUUUUGUCGAUGGGACACGGCCCAAGAAUAUGCCCCGGGCAGGAUAUGGCCAAGGCAGAGGGGGCCAUCAUCAUCGCCGCUAUCUGCGCUCGCUUCGACCUCUCGCUCGCACCCGGUCAGGCGGACCCCCCAGAGGAGUAUUCUUCCUUCACAUGCGGCCCUAAGGAGUUCAACAUGAUAUUGACCAGGACGGCGAAGGACGAGUGAUGGUUUCGUUGUUUUUUGUUGUUUCAUUGCUUUGAGGAAGCAGGUUGGUUGGCCUGACCUGACCCUAGCCGCCCGACUCUUUAUGGAUAUGAGGGGAGGGAUGUGUCCGCUCGUUGCGGUCUGUCUUGUUUUGGAGGAGGCCCUCCCGCGCUCGACUACUGCGGUGUCGCCCUCGGUUGUGUUGUUCACACUGCCAUCUCUACCUGUGGGUGUGUUCGGCGCGUACACAGCGUGAUGACCUCAAAACUGAGGGAAAAAGGAUGGGAUUUUUGUAAGGCGGGGAUUACCUCCGUAUGCGGCACAGACAGGAGUUGUUGUAUCACCGCUGUGUGUGCUAGAUACGUGGGGAGUGUGUUUCGGUGUUGGGAAGCUUCGAUGUCUGUCUGUUCUUCUCCUGUGCCCGCCUCCGUGUUAUUUUUUGUGUUUUGGUUGCACGCAUAGCAACUAACUGGUGAUUUUUCCUUUUUUCAUGAAGCUGCACGCAUAGCAACUAACUGGUGAUUUUUCCUUUUUUCAUGAAGCAGUUCGAGCCGGGGUCUACAUGCAUACACGUAUGCACAUCAUUACGUACUCUGUGGGUGAUGUGGUGGGUAGCAGUGCGCUUGCUCUAUAGGGUUGAAAUGCGCGGGGAUGGGAUUAUUGAUUGAUGGACAGCUGGCGGUCGUUGGUACAUUUUUUGUCACAUCAAGAAUUUUGUCAAAAGCCCCUGGGAGGUACAUUUUUGUCGCAUCAAGUUUUUUGUCAAGUCUCUUGGAGUACUGUUCUCAUCCUAGAUUCGCGGGUGGCGCUGUGGUACAUACUUGUAGCUGCUUUGUAAAGGUUCUGCGUGUGCGUAGCCAGCCUCUGAUCUUGUUCUGAUUAGCGCUGCCGUUAAGUUUGUGCGUACAGUGUGGGGAGAGAAGGCGGGUGGUUUGACAUCAGCCGAGGUCCGAGGACAUGAUGGAGUUCUCGUUUUGGGUAUUAGAGUUUCUGUCCUUAUCAUUCAUCACGGAUUUUGGCAAGUAACGACCCCUUCCUUGUUUUUGUUUCAUUUCGCUCAUGUGCGCUGUUUUUCGUUCGGUUUUGGGGGUGGGUCUGAAGUUGAGGGGUGGUUGUUUUUUUGGUUGUUCGAAACCGAGGAUGGAUGAGAUAUGUAUCCGUAGUCUACAUGUCAUGCGUUGUGUUGCGGCUGUUUCCGAUCCGUGUUUCUACUGGGCGAGAGUCACUUGUUGCACGUCCAAUGGAAAAGGGAG